AUGGCUAGUACCAAAGCCUCACUCAAGGCCAUAAACGAUGCGAUUCGUCAACAGAAGUGGGAUGAAGCCUUGGCUCAGACCGAAUCCCUCAUAUCCAAAGACCCCAAGAACUACCAAGCCUAUGUAUUCAGGGCCUUUGCGCUCGACAAGAAAAACCAGCUGGAUCUUGCCGAGGCUGCGUACAAAGUAGCAACAGAUCUUCGAUCUGAUCCGCAAGCAUGGCAGGGACUCAUCAAGCUCUAUGAGAAGCAGGGUGCUAAGUUCCUGGAGAAGUACUAUCAUGCUGCCCUGAAGUUGGCAGAGAUAUUCCACGUUGCAAAUGACAUGUACAAAUGUCAAGAUGUUAUUGACAAGUUUGUCGACUUCGCCCGCGCCCAGGGCGACCGUUCUCAAUACGUCGAAGCCCUCAACAUCAUUCUUCCCGCCAGUCCCAUAUAUCCCACCUUAGCAGGUCGUGUACCUCACCCCGCCAAGACCUAUGAGACUAUGGCCCAGAUCCUCGAGAUUGAAGAAAAGAAACGUAUCAACACCCUCAUCGGAGAGAGGCGCACGAGACUAGGCGCCAAGCUGAGUGAGGUCACUGUUGAGGUCAACCGUGAAGUCUUGUGUCAGAGCAAGCUUGCCUGGAUCUAUGAGCAACUCAUCUUGUGGACGAGCGACGAUGAUAUCAGGCGCCAAUACGAAGAAAAGCUAUUACAGUUUCGAUACGAUCGCCUUCUCGUUACUCCCCCGGCUGAAAAGGGCCCUGAACUCCAGAUUGUGCAGAAGCUGGCCAACGACAUGGUCAUCAUCAAACAUCCAUUCAAGCUCGCUUGGGAUAUCGCAAUUGAGUGGCAAGAUUGCAAAGAGAUCAAGGACUGGGAUGUCAAUGUUCUCAAUGAAUAUUGUGCCCACUUUCCCGACAGCGAUCUGUAUCGUGUGUUGACGGGGUUCAUGACGAGCGAUUUAUCUCCCUUCCCCAAGAAGCCAGACAGCACCCCUGCGAAAGUGGAAACCGCUCAGGACCAAGAUGAGAGUGAAGAUGACGAGGACGGCGGCGCUCCUACCUCUGUAAUCCCCUAUACAGAUGAAGAUCGGCUGCUCAUGAUGACAGAGGGAAUUGCGACCACCACUUCUCUCCUUGCUCACAGGUUAAUGGGAGAGUACUAUCAGCACUUAGAAGAACAUGAGACCAAUGUUGAGCUGAUGAGAAAGGCCAUGAAAAUCAUGAUGGCUGAAACUGAAAAGACUGGGAAGGUCUUCAUCAACACGAACCAGGCGUUUAUGCUUUAUCUCGGUACGGCCUUGGUAUUUUACCAAUCACCGCGAAAUCACGGCGAGGCCAAGUUUCUCUUCGACAAGGUAUUAGAAGUUGAUCCCACUUCGACAUCGGCAAUGAUUGGAGUCGGCCUGAUAUAUGAAGAGGAAGAAGAAUAUGAUAGCGCUAUCGACUUCUUAAACCGCGCAUUGAAGGGCGACAAGGACAAUCUUAGAGUCCGCGCUGAGGUUGGUUGGCUGUAUGCGCUCAAAGGCGACUAUAUUCGUGGAAAGUCGGAGCUUGAGUCGCUGCUCCCAGCCAUGAUUUCCCAACCUGUCUCAAAAGAUCUCUUAGCCCAAACGCAAUAUCGCCUGGGUUGUUGCAUAUGGAAUAUCGACUCUUCCAAGGCCGCCCGAAAAAGUCGGGAUGGAGCGUAUGCUUAUUUCAUUGAUUCCUUAAAAAGCAACUUCAGCUACGCACCAGCAUAUAGUAGUCUUGGCAUCUACUACGCAGAUUACGCCAAAGAUAAAAAGCGAGCUCGAAGGUGUUUUCUGAAAGCGGUCGAGCUUUCGUCAGCCGAAGUUGACUCCGCAGAACGACUGGCGAGGUCCUUUGCGGACGACAGUGACUGGGAUCGUGUCGAACUGGUCGCCCAGCGAGUGGUGGAUUCCGGGCGGGUAAAGCCGCCUCCAGGAUCGAAGAAGAAAGGAAUUAGUUGGCCAUUGUCAGCUCUCGGUAUUGCUGAGUUGAACAAACAGGACUACGGCAAAGCGAUCGUUUCUUUCCAGCAUGCACUCAGAAUCUCUCCGAAUGACUACCAUUCGUGGGUCGGCCUUGGAGAGAGUUAUCAUAAUUCCGGACGCUACAUCGCAGCCACCAAAGCAAUUCAGAACGCUCGGGGGCUUGAAGCAGCUAUGAAUAUCCAGGACCCCAACGAUACUUGGUUCACCAAAUACAUGUUAGCUAAUGUGAAGCGAGAACUCGGUGAGUUCGACGAAGCCGUGGAUCUGUACCGCGAUGUCAUCACUCAACGGCCAGAAGAAGAGGGCGUCGCUAUUGCACUAAUGCAGACACUGGUUGAAAAUGCCUUUGACUGCGUCGAUAAGGGUUUGUUUGGGAAAUCUGUCGAGCUUGCAACUAGAACAUUGUCAUUUGCUGUGUCUGUUUCGAAACCUAUCGCACACACCUUCAACUUCUGGAAAGCUGUUGGUGAUGCCUGCUCUCUCUUUUCCCAAGUUCAGGGUCACGCCCACAAUCUUCCUGUUUCUGAUAUUCACACAAUACUCGGCUCCGCUGCAGACCAGGAGACAGCUUAUGCGAUACUGCAGGAUGUCGAUAAAGUCGGCAAGGAAGUAGUUUUUGCGAAGGGAAAAUUCCCGGAGGAUGAGCAGCUUGGUGUUGACUUGACACAAAGCUUACACGCCACCAUCCUCGCUCACAAAAUGGCUAUCCACUUAACAGCACAGGACGCCCAUGCUCAGGCAGUUGCAUAUUAUAACUUGGGCUGGGCAGAGAACCGAGCACAUUCAUGCUUACCUGCGAAUCUCCGAAUACAAUCCAGUCGAUAUCAGAAGGCGGCCGUACGUUGCUUUAAGCGAGCCAUCGAGUUAGAAGCCGGUAAUCCCGACUUCUGGAACUCCCUCGGCGUGGUCACCAGCGAGAUUAAUCCAUCGGUCGCCCAACACGCUUUUGUUCGAUCCUUGUACCUAAACGAAAGAAGUCCACAUGCCUGGACCAACCUCGGUACCUUAGCGUUACUCCAAAACGACUUUCAGCUUGCAAAUGAGGCAUUCACGCGUGCUCAAUCCAACGACCCGGAUUAUGCACAUGCUUGGGUCGGGCAGGGCUUUGUGGCUCUCCUAUACGGCGAUGUCAAAGAAGCCCGUGGGCUCUUUACGCAUGCUAUGGAUAUAUCAGAGGCCUCGUCACUUAUCACAAGACGUCAAUGCCCAACAUCUAUCUUUGAUUAUAUCCUGACAGCUCCCACACAAGCGAGCGUAGCCACUCUAAUUCAACCUCUCUUCGCACUUGGCCAGCUGAAACGUCUCAAGCCUCAAGACCUAGCUUAUCAGCACCUCUGGGCGCUUUUCCAGGAGCGGACUGAAGAUAGUCCUAAUGCCAUAGCCACCCUCGAAGCAGCUUGUACCAAGCUAGAAGCGACCUAUGAAGCGACCGAAUCAUCGGAUGCUCUUGCUCGGUUUGCUUUAGGAAAAACGGACCUAGCUAGAUCAUAUUUAGCUUCCGGAAACAAUGCCGCUGCCAUUGAAUGUGGUGAAAUGGCUCUUGAACUUAGCAGUGAUGACUCUGCUGAGGAGCUAACGGCAGAACAACUACGAAAGGCCCGGCUCUCAGCCCACUUGACAGUUGGGUUAGCUCGGUAUUUCAACAACCAGCCUGAAGAGGCUGUCAGCUACUUCGAAACAGCCUUAGAAGAAUCAGCCAACGAUCCCAACGCAGCCUGCUUAUUGGCGCAAGUCUUGUGGGCUACUGGCACCGAGGAUGCACGAGAGAGGGCGCGCACUGUCUUAUUCGAGAUAAUAGAGACGGACGCUAGCCACGUACAGUCCGUGGUACUCUUGGGAAUUAUUGCAUUACUGGAUGCGGAUGAUGAGUCUCUUGACGCUGUGGUAUCUGAGUUGCACGGCCUGCGCACCAGCGACAAAACAACCGAUGCAGAGCACUCGCAGAUCGGUGAGGUGUUCCGAGCAGUAGCCGCCUUGGAUGAAAACAGCACAGAGGAAGACGUACUGGCUCAAAUCCAGGGCGAUGUGGCGCUAUACCCGCACCUUCCAUACGGAUGGUCUCGUUUGGCUGAGGCAACUGGCGAAAAGUAUCCCGCGGAUAUGGCACUCAAUGUUGCACUGAAGUCCGUUCCUCCCAAAGGCGACCUCGGAGCCGCGGACCUGGCAGAUACAUAUGCCGGUACCGGUGGUGUCGCCGACGCCCAAGCUGCCAUCUUCAUCGCGCCUUGGGUCCGCAGUGGAUGGGAGUCUUUGGGUAGCGCAGUUGCCUAG